CAAACUUUUCAUCGUAUUCUAAAAAUUCAUUGAACGCUUUCAUUGAUUUCUCACCCUACCUAUGCUGAAAUUCUAUUAAAAAAAAUGUGCCAAGUGUCUUAUAGGCAACCACGUUCUUUGGCAAGACCAUUGAUAUCUGUCUAUUUGUAUUUCAAGUGUUUCAGAUAUGCUACGACCUUAGACAAAAUAUGCAUACUUGUGGCAUCUUUUUGUUCGAUAUUUUGCGGAAUCUUAUUUCCCUUAGCGAUGCUUUAUUUUGGUGACGUAACUGGUGCCAUAGUCGAGUAUGCAGCAGCGAUACACAAAGCUCCUACUGAAGACGAGAAGAACCAAUUGAUCGAAACGUUGCAACACCAUAUCAGAAUGUUCGGUGUACAGGCGGCUAUAAUAGUGGUGGUGAUUAUAGCGAUGUUGUAUUUGUCUGUAGUGCUCUACAGCUUCAGUGCAGUUAGGCAGAUUUACAAAAUGAGGAUUUCAUUCCUAGAGAAAAUGUUUAAUCAAGACAUAGAAUGGUUUGACAAGAAUCGUACAGGAGAUUUUGCCACUCUUUUCACGCAAAAUAUUUCCAAGAUAGAAGAUGGUAUUGGAGAAAAAAUUGGACUAUUCCUAUUUUCUGUCACAGUUUUCCUAACAGGAAUAAUUGUGGCCCUGUAUGAAGGUUGGAAAUUAGCCGUAGUAGCUAUGGUCUCCUUACCAAUAUCAACUAUAAUAAUGAUGAUUAUAACUAAGAUUGCUGCCAAAUAUUCGAAAGAAGAAAUGGAAGCCUAUGGAGAAGCUGGUGCCGUAGCCGAAGAAGUAAUCAGCUCGAUAAAAACAGUGGUGGCCUUCGAUGGCCAAUGGAAAGAAACAAAACUUUACGAAAACCACCUGAUCGAAGCCAAGUGCAACAACAUAAAAAGAUGCAUCUUCAUUUCCAUCAAUAAUUUCUGCUUGUGGUUCUGUAUUUUCGCUUGUUACUCACUGACUUACUGGUAUGGUGUCCAUUUAAUCGUCAACGACAGAGAUUUGCCAAGCAAAGAAAGAACUUAUACACCUAGUUCUCUGGUCACCAUAUUUUUCGCUACACUUGGGGCUAUGUGGUAUUUUGGAUUAGCAGCACCUCUUCUGGAGAUAUUAGCCACAGCUCGUGCAGCCGCUCAAAAGGUAUUCUACAUCCUGGACAGUAAACCGAAAAUCAACAAGAUCAAAGAUAAAGGAAGGAAGCUGUAUAAAUUCCAAAAUUGUAUCAAGUUUGAUGAGGUGUAUUUUAGUUAUCCAACACGAUCAGAUGUGAAGGUAUUAUGGGCAUUUGAUCUCCAGAUAAAUAUUGGGGAAACUGUAGCCUUGGUAGGCAAUUCAGGAUGUGGCAAAUCGACAUGUGUUCAGUUACUACAAAGAUUUUAUGAUCCUAAUAUGGGUAGGAUAACAAUCGAUGAUAUAGACAUCAAAGACAUGAACCUCAGAUGGCUGAGAGAAAAAAUAGCAGUCGUCAGUCAAGAGCCUGCCCUAUUCACCACUACCAUAGCAGAAAACAUCAGGUUUGGCAAGGAGGGAGCAUUGCAGGAAGAGAUAGAAAUUGCAGCUAAGAAAGCGAAGAUACACGAUUUCAUCCUAACCCUACCAAAUGGUUACGACACUGUUAUUGGGAAAAUGGGAGGACAACUAUCGGGAGGCCAGAAACAAAAGCUUGCCAUAGCCAGAGCCCUAGUCAGGAAACCACAAAUACUGCUUCUGGAUGAAGCCACCUCGGCCUUGGAUACUUCAAGUGAAGCAGAAGUACAAGCUGCUCUAGAUUCGAUCAGUAGGGAAUGUACAACAAUCAUAGUUGCCCAUCGAUUAUCAACUAUCAGAAAAGCGAAAAAGAUUGUGCUCAUUUCUGAAGGUAAAGUGAGUGAGAUAGGAAGCCAUGAAGAGCUGAUGGCAAAGGGAGGGUUAUACCUGAAAUUAGUAAACUCUCAAGGUUUAACAGAUACCAAACCUUAUAGCGAAAUACAGAAAAUUAUGAGACAUGUCAGUUCGUCAAUGCAUCAGUUCAUAACAGAAAAAGUAGAUGAUGAAAACAUCGAUGAAAAAUCAAAUGAAGACGUACAGAUGAACGGAGUUUUUACGAAAGUGAUCAAAAUGUGCAAGCCCGAAUGGUAUCUCAUUGCUAUAGGAUGUAUAUCUUCAGUGAUCAAAGGCGGUGCAUAUCCAAUCAAUGGAUGGAUAUUUGGAGCAAUUAUCGGAAUUCUCUUUCUUGAAGAAGGCGAUGAAAUGAUCUCUGAGAAUAACACUUUCUGUUUGUACUUUCUCUGCCUUGCAUUCGUUAUAGGUGGUUCAACGUUUCUUCAGUUAUUGACGUUUGGAAUUGCUGGGGAAAAACUUACCCUUAGAACGAGAAUUGACACCUUCAGAGCUGUAUUGAGGCAAGAAAUAGGGUGGUUCGAUAAAAAAGAAAACAGCGUCGGAGCAAUAUGUGCCAGACUAGCAGAUGAUGCUACCAAAAUGCAAGGAGCAGCUGGGAUAUAUAUCGGAACAGUCUUGAAUUUAACAGCGACAUUCAUUGUCACUUUUGCCAUCAGUUUUUAUUAUGAAUGGAAACUAACUUUAGUUUUAUCUAUCAUUUUUCCGUUGAUAUUCAUUUCCGUUUAUUUGGAACAGAAAUUUUUGAGACAGGAUGCUAUUAAAAACCAAGUAAUGCUGGAGAAAUCUUCAAAGUUAGCUAUAGAAGCGAUUGGGAAUAUAAGAACAGUCGUAUCUCUAGGAUGCGAACAGGUAUUCCUAGAUCUAUUCGAGAAAGAACUGCUUCCUUACAGAGCUAUAGCUAACAGAAAAUCGCAUAUAAGAGGCCUCAUUCUCGGAAUGGCCAGAGCCCUAAUGAUUGCUUCUUACCUAGUCGGUAUGACCUAUGGAGGAAAACUCAUCAUUGAUGGAGCCGUAGAAUAUGGAACGAUUUUCAAGGUAUGUGAGAUCAUGUCUAUUGGCUCUUGGGCCAUUGGUAAUGCCUUGGCGAUACCUCCAAACUUCCAGCAUGGCCUGAAUGCUGCUGCAAGAAUAAUAUCCCUUCUAGAAAGGAAACCUUUAGUUAGUAAUAUGGUGAACGCACUGAAACAUCCAUGGAAUGAAGCAAAUGUUGAAUACUCAGACAUAUUCUUCUCCUACCCUACCAGACCAUCUGUCUCUGUUCUGAAUGGGCUAAAUCUGAAUGUGAUGAAAGGAAGAACAGUCGCUCUAGUUGGUUCCAGUGGCUGCGGUAAAUCCACCAUUAUUCAACUGCUAGAAAGGUUCUAUGAUCCCAUAGGGGGAGAGGUAAUAGUGGAUGGUGAGGAUACGAGGAAAAUGGACUUGAAAUGGUUGCGGUCGCAGUUGGGAAUUGUUUCCCAGGAACCCACCUUGUUCGAUAGAACGAUUGCAGAGAACAUUUCUUACGGAGCUUAUGACAAUGAUGGUACUGAGAUGGAUCGUGUUAUGGAUGCUGCCAAAUCUGCGAAUAUACAUGCUUUCAUUUCUACCCUUCCUAUGGGAUAUCAAACCAAAGUUGGUGCCAAAGGUACCCAACUCUCUGGCGGUCAAAAACAAAGGAUAGCAAUAGCCAGGGCUUUGAUGAGAGAUCCUAAAAUUUUGUUACUGGAUGAAGCGACUUCGGCAUUGGACAACGAGAGUGAAAAAAUUCUACAAGGAGCGUUAGAUGUUGCAAGAAGAGGAAGGACCUGCAUAACCAUUGCCCAUAGGUUGACCACUAUCCAAGACGCCGAUAUGAUCUGUGUUUUAGAGAAAGGAGUAGUUGCUGAAAUGGGAAACCAUCAAGAACUACUACAAAUGAAAGGACUAUAUUAUGAUUUUUAUAACUUACAAUCUGGCCAAAAAUAA